CCAGACUUCAAUCAUUUCUCUCUCGGGUCUCUCCCCUGAUGACCAGAAGUGCCGGAUACUCCCUCCUCAAUCUCUUCUCACUGAUCCCAGCUUGAACACAAAACGGCGAUGAGUCGUUCAUGUACGUGAAAGUCCGUGUUCGCUUAUCAGUGUUUCUGAACGCCAACCUUACCUCCAUCAGGCCGUGAUCCCGUUCAGAGUGCUUUCAUAGACUGUGAGCCAGUUACGACCCCGUUGAUUUGAGGCUCGGAAAAUGAGGCGAACUCCUUGAGCCUUAGAACCGCCACAGCCUCAGGAAAAGAUACAACGAACUAUCAACUAUUGACCAGACAGACCGCGACUUUCCGACUACUUUCCUCGCCUAACGAACGGUACCUAGGCCUCAGUGUUCAUUGCUCAUUGGCCUACUUAGGACAUCGGACCUUCUUGGCAAUCCGCAAAUUGUACAACAAUCCUCGUUUUGAGACCCCCUUUGUGAAGUGCUCCGAUUGAUUCGUGUGUCGACAAAAUGACCACACAAACCGGGAUCCGACCCGACGAUAAGUUGUCCGGAUUCUUCGGCCAAUGUCGGACUGGACAGUAUCGCAUGUUAAAAGUGGUGAUAAAGGCCGAGAAAUUGGUCCUGGAGAGCUCGAGCGAGGCCCAGGGCUCUUGGGAGAGGGAUUGGGACCCCAUGAUCCUGGCCAAUCUGGAGGACAGCUCGCCGUGUUUCAUUCUAUUCAGAUUAGAUGAGAAGGAAGGCGAGACCUAUCGGUGGAUCAUGAUUAGUUGGUCUCCGGAUUCCUCCAGUAUUCGCAAUAAAAUGCUCUAUGCCUCGACCAAAGCCUCGCUGAAGCGGGAAUUCGGCGGAGGCCAGAUCAAGGAUGACCUCUACGGCAAUGUUCGGGAGGACGUCAGUCUUGAGGGUUACCGGAAGCAUCUCAUCUCGGCCGCCGCUCCAGGUCCUUUGUCAAGGGAAGAGAUCGAGCGCGAGGAGGUCAAGCAAGCCCAGAAUGAUGUGGCCGUGGGUGUGGACACGAAGCAUAACACAAUGGGAGGUGGGAUCCAUUUCCCCAUGACCAGUGCGGUCACGUCAGCCUUGGGCGAACUGAAAUCCCGACGACUGGACUACAUUCAAAUGAGUGUGGACACGAAGGCGGAGAUCAUCAAUCUCGAGGAGAAGGGAUCUUGUCCAGUGGAGGGCCUACCCAAGAAAGUGCCUGAAAACGCACCCCGAUAUCACCUGUUCUUGUUCAAACACACGCAUGAAGGCGACUCGUUGGCGAGUGUUGUGUUCAUCUAUUCCAUGCCCGGUUAUAAUUGCUCAAUCAAGGAGAGGAUGUUGUAUUCCAGUUGUAAGAAUGGAGUCGUAUCCAAUAUCGAGGAGUUGGGCAUCGAGAUUUCGAAAAAGAUCGAAGUGGAUUCUGGAGACGAACUCACGCCAGAGUUUCUGCAGGCAGAGUUGCACCCAAUCAAAAAUUUAAAUCGACCCAAAUUCGCCAAACCCACUCCUCCCAAUCGAGGCAAUCGACGAAUCACCAAGCAACCCGUUUAAGCCUUAACUGUCCAAGGAAAGGCACACCCAAUUUUGUACUGCUAGCCAUAUUUAUCUUUUAAAUUGAUAUUUGGCGCCUGGACGCAUGAACAAUUUCUCGCAAUUCGAUUCUUGCUCCACGGUUUCAAGUUGAAAGAAGAAAAAAAACGAAAUAAUUGACGCUGUUAUUUUUUGUAUGAAUUGACCAUUGCACACGAAUUGUAGUUUCUUGUCAUAAUAAAUCGUAGAUAUGUAUGAAA